CUUGGGGUUGCCAGAAUGACUCCCGCUCAGUGCGCAGCACCCGCGUGUGUCAUGUCCCGACCGCGUUUCUGGGGCCCAUGGCCUCUCCUCACGUGGCAACUAUUGUGUCUACUAGUCAAGGAGGCUCAGCCUCUGGAGUGGGUCAAAGACCCGCUCCAGCUGACCUCUAACCCCCUGGGGUCGCCUGAGCCCCGGUCUUCCCGCUCCUCCCAUCUCCCAUGGGAAUCUCCCCAUGCGCCCACUCCCCCGGCAGACCCGGGGGACUUUGAUUACCUGGGGCCCUCUGCUUCCUUGCAGAUGUCAGCCCUGCCCCAGGAAUUGACUGAAAAUUUGGUUCCAUUCCUGGACCCGGAUUCAGCUGAAGAGCUCCCCCUGGGGCCAGAGCAGUUCUCCGCUGCACACCAGGAUUUAAACAAGUUGACUCCGCAAGAAAGGCUCCCAGAGGUGGUCCCACUGCUGGACGGGGAUGAGAACGAGACCCUAGUUCAGCUUCCUCGCCUCAAAAGUAAGGUUCCAACUGCAGAUCUAGAUCGGGCGGCAGGUCAUCAGGCAGAUGAAAGACUUGUUCCGCUAGACAAUAAGAUUUCAAAACCAACCACAUUUAUUGUUUCGCCCAAGAACCUGAAGAAAGAUGUAGCUCAGCGUUGGAGCCUUGCUGAGAUUGAUGGAAUUCCACACCAAUUAUCCAAGUCUGGGCAUCAGAAACAGACUUUGCAGGAUGAAUAUUCGAGUAUGGAUACACUGUAUCCCAGCAGCCUGCCUCCAGAACUCAGGGUGAACUCAGAUGAGCCUCCAGGGCCCCCUGAGCAAGUUGGACUUUCUCAAUUCCAUCUAGAGCCUGAAACUCAAAAUCCAGAGACCCUUGAAGACAUCCAAUCCUCUUUACUCCAGCAAGAUGCCCCAGGGCAGCUUCCACAGCUCCCUGAGGAGGAAGAACCUUCUUCAACCCAGGAGGAGGCCCCAGCUCUGCCUCCAGCAUCCUCUAUGGAGAGUCUAACUCGACCGAAUCCUGAGGUGACAGUUCAACCCCCAGGUGAGGAUCAAUCUCUUUAUAACUUGCCUGGCAUUACAGUUAAACCUGCAGAUGUGGAGGUUCCCAUGACUCCAGAGGCUGAAAACAAGACAGAAUCUUCCCAAGCCCAGCAGGAGUCCCCAGGUCAGCCUCCAGAGGAGGUGGAACCUUCUGCAACCCAACAGGAGGCCCCAUCUGAGCGUCCAGGUCCUCCUAUGGAGCCUGAACUUCCCCCUAGUGAGCAGGAGCAGCCAGCUCAGCCUUCUGAGUCUUCUGGGGAGGUUGAAUCUUCUCCAGCCCAGCAAGAGACCCCAGCUAAGCCUCCAGAAGAGAUGGAGCCAUCUGCAAUCCAAGAGGAGGCCCCAACUGAGCUUCCAGGUCCUCCUAUAGAGGCUGAACUUUCCCCCAGUGAGCAGGAGCAGCCAGCUCAGCCUUCUGGGGAGGUGGAGUCUUCUCCAGCCCAGCAGGAGGCCCCAGCUCAGCCCUCAGAACAUCAUGAAGUCACAGUUUCACCCCCUGGUCACCAUCAAACUCAGCAUUCAGAUUUUCCCAAUGUCUCUGUUAAGCCUCCAGACACGCAGCUCACCAUAAUAGCGCCUAGUGCAGAGGUGGGAACUUCUCCAGUCCUCCAGGAGGCUAUAGCUCAGCUCUCAGGGCCAGGUAAUGAUGCAGAACCUCCCGCCACCCAGCACGGGGGCCCACCUCUGCCUCCAGAGUCACUGGAAGAGGCUGGACCUUUAGCAAUUCAACAGGAGACUUCAGUUCAAUCUCCGGAACCUGUUAAUAGUGAGAACCCCUCUCCAACCCAGCAGGAGGCUGAAGCUGAGCAUCUACAGACCGCUGAGGAGGGUGAGUCUUCUCUAACCCAGCAGGAGGCCCCAGCUGAGACUCCAGAGCUCCCUAAUGUUGUAGCUCAACCUCCAGAGCAUUCAAACCUGAAUCAAGCUACAGUUCAACCUUUGGACCUGGGGCUUACCAUCACACCAGAAUCCGUGACAGAGGUUGAACUUUCUCCAACCAUGCAGGAGACCCCAACUCAGCCUCCUAAGAAAGUUGUAUCCCAACUUCCAGUAUAUCAAGAGAUAACAGUUCCAACACCAGGUCAGGAUGAAGUUCAGCAUCCAGUGUCACCCAGCGUCACAGUUCAACCUUUGGACCUGGGACUUACCAUCACUCCAGAACCCACUACGGAGGCUGAACGUUCUACACCCCUGAAGAAGACUAUAGUUCCUCCAAAGCAUCCUAAGGUGACACUUCCACAUCCAGACCAGGUUCAGACUCAGUAUUUACACCUGACUCAAGCCACAGUUCAACCUUUGGACCUGGGGUUUAUCAUCACUCCAGAAUCCACAACAGAGGUUGAGCUUUCUACUGUCCUGAUGACUAUAGCUCCUCCUGCAGAACACCCUGAGGUGACACUUCCACCUUCAGACCAGGUUCAGACUCAGCAUUCACACCUGACUCAAGCCAUGGUUCAACCUUUGGACCUAGGGCUUACCAUCACUCCAGAAUCCACAACAGAGGUUGAACUUUCUCCAACCAUGCAGGAGACCCCAACUCAGUCUACUAAGAAAGUUGUACCUCAACUUCUAGUACAUCAAGAGGUAACAAUUCCAACACCAGGUCAGCAUGAAGCUCAGCAUCCAAUGUCACCCAGCAUCACAGUUCAACCUUUGGACCUGCGACUUACCAUCACUCCAGAACCCCCUGCGGAGGUUGAACUUUCUACAGCCCUGAUGACUACAGCUCCUCCUCCAGAACACCCUGAGGUGACACUUCCACCUUCAGACAAGGGUCAGGGUCAGCAUUCACACCUGACUCAAGUCACAGUUCAACCUCUGGCCCUGAAGCUUAACAUAACUACAAAACCUACUACAGAGGUUAAACCAUCUCCAACCACAGAGGAGACCUCGACUCAGCCUCCAGACCCAGGGCUUGCCGUAACUCCAGAGCCCAUUACAGAGAUUGGACAUUCUUCAGCCCUGGAGAAGACUACAGCUUCUCAUCCAGACCAGGUUCAGACUCUGCAUCGAAGCCUGACUGAAGUCACAGGUCCACAUACUGAACUAGAACCUACUCAGGAUUCACUGGUGCAGUCUGAAAGUCACACCCAAAAUAAGGCUUUAACUGCAUCAGAGGAACAGAAGGCCUCCACAAGCACCAACAUAUGUGAGCUCUGUACCUGUGGAAAUGAGAUGCUGUCAUGUAUUGAUCUCAGCCCAAAGCAGAGGCUCCGCCAAGUGCCUGUGCCAGAGCCCAACACCUACAAUGGCACCUUCACCAUCUUAGAUUUCCACGGAAACUAUAUUUCUCACAUUGAUGGAAAUGUAUGGAAAGCAUACAGUUGGACCGAGAAACUAAUUCUCAGUGAAAAUUAUUUGACUGAAUUACAUAAGGAUUCAUUUGAAGGCCUGCUAUCUCUCCAGUAUUUAGAUUUAUCCUGCAAUAAAAUACAGUUUGUUGAAAGACAUACAUUUGAACCACUACCAUUUUUGCAAUAUCUAAAUCUUCGUUGCAAUUUACUCGCAGAACUGAGCUUUGGAACAUUUCAGGCCUGGCACGGAAUGCAGUUUUUACACAAGUUAAUUCUCAAUCGCAAUCCUCUGACAACUGUUGAAGAUCCGUAUCUCUUUAAAUUGCCGGCAUUAAAAUAUUUAGACAUGGGAAAAACACAAGUCCCACUUGCAACACUUAAGAACAUUCUCACGAUGACUAUUGAACUGGAAAAACUGAUCUUACCUAGCCAUAUGGCCUGCUGCCUCUGCCAAUUUAAAAACAGCAUUGAGGCUGUCUGCAAGACAGUCAAGCUGCAUUGCAACAGUACCUGUCUGAGAAGCACCAUACAUUGUCGUGAGUCCAAAUUGCCUGAUGAAGAAGCAUCCAUAGGGAAUCCAGAAGGAGCGUUCAUGAAGGUGUUACAGGCCCGGAAGGAGCACACGAGCACUGAGCUGACUGUUGAGCCGGAGGUGCCCUCAGACAGCAGUGGCAUCAACUUGUCAGGCUUUGGGAGUGAGCAGCUAGACACCAAUGACGAGAGUGAGGUUAUCAGUGCACUAAGUUACAUCUUGCCUUAUUUCUCAGCAGGAAAUCUAGAUGCGGAAUCAAUGUUGUUACCAUUCAUGAAACUACUCUUUUCUAAUGUGCAAGAUGGAGAUAGGCCCCUGAGUAUUUUGGAAAACAAUACAAAGGGCCCCUCUCUUCAACCUGCAUCCAACAACUCAAGUUAUGAAAAUAAAUUGAGAAAGCUGUAUUUGCUAGAAAAUGUGUUACAUGCAGAAACACAAGAAAAAAUCGAUGAAGUUAAAAGGGAAGAAAAAACUGCCAUGCUUAUGCAGACCAGCCUUCUAGGUAAGAAAUUGAAACGCCAAAUAUUUGAAAAGAAAUCAGAAAGUAUCCAACCACAGAAAAAGAGCCUGAUAAAGAUUCAAAGUGUAGGCAAAAACCUGCAGAGAGUGAACAGAGUCCUCACGGGCCCAAGGAGCAUCCAGAAAAGGCACUUCAAAGAGGUGGGAAAGCAGAGCACCAGGAGGGAGGAGGGUGCACAGGCAUUUGUGGAGAACGCUGCCCAAGAAAAAAGGCUCAGGAGCCCAGUCCCAGGGGAGCUGGAACAGCCUCACAUAGAGCAGGGGCCCGAGAAGUUAGCAGGAAAUGCCAUCUACAUGAAGCCUUCAUUCACCCAAGAGCGUAAGGCGGCAGUCUCCUCUGUGCUGAAACCCUUCUCCAUGGGCGAGCCUUCUGCUUCCACCCCUGCAAAAGCCCAACCUCAGGUCAGAGACAGAUCAAAUGACUCAAACUACAGUAUUUUAAUUUUAGAAAAUGCAGAGGCUAGAGUUAAGAAUACAAAGGCUGCUAGACCAAUCGUACAUUCCAGAAAAAACUACCGCUCUCAUAAAACUCGCUCCCGUGUGGCCCACAGAACACCCAAGGCCAAAAAGAGUCAAAAUUUGAGAAAGAAAAGUUAUCUCAAUAGACUGAUGCUUGCAAACAGGCCGCCAUUCUCUGCAGCGAACAGCCUCAUAAAUUCCCCUUCACAAAGGGCUUUUUUGCCUUUAGUAGACCUGAGUCCUAAGGAAAAUCCUUUUCCUAAACUAUUUGAAGAACGUGUUACAGAGAACACGAAGGUAAAAGACACAACUGCAAGAAAUGCCUUCGAAGAAAACAUUUUUAUGGAAACCACUACUAUGCCAGAAGGCACCAUCUCUGAAAACACAAACUACAAUCCUCCUCCUGAGGCAGAUUCUGCUGGGAUUGCGUUCAACUUAGGGCCACCUGUUAAACAAACCGAUCCAACACAAUGGGAAUACAACAACGUGGGCACUGACCUGUCCCCCGAGCCCAAAAGCUUCAAUUAUCCAUUGCUCUCAUCCCCAGGUGAUCAGUUUGAAAUUCAGCUAACCGAGCAGCUACGAUCCCUCAUCCCCACCGAGGAUGUGAGAAGGUUUAUUUCUCAUGUUAUCCGGACCUUAAAGAUGGACUGCUCUGACACCCAUGUACAACUGACCUGUGCCAAGCUCAUCUCCAGGACAGGCCUCCUGAUGAAGCUUCUUAGUGAGCAGAAGAAAGUAAAGGCGUCCAAGGCAGAAUGGGAUACGGACCAAUGGAAAACUGAGAACUAUAUUAAUGAGAGCAUGGAAACCCGGAGUGAACAGAAAGAGCAGAAGUCGAGCGAGCUCAUGAAAGACUUUCCAGGAUAUGCUUUUGACUACAAAAUCAUCUUGGCAGUAUCUGUGACUGUAAUACUAACAAUUGUGGUUAUAAUUUUUUGUCUCAUUGAGGUAAGGACAGUAAUUCAGGUUUUCAGAAUGCAGUCCUGUCUUUUUGUGGAUUCAGAGCUCACAAACUGAAAACCAAAGCCACUUCCCCACCUGCUGCUACUUGACAUUCUUUUUCAGUCCUUUAAGGCUGAGGUAUACUUUGUUCUUUUACUGCAGUAUAUAUUCCAGGAUUUUAAAGGAUCCUCAUUUCCAGGAGGUCUCUGUGAAAUGAAACCAAGUUAAUCCCACUAGACUAUUUUAAGAAGUUGAUAUAAUAGCAAAAUUUCUCCCACGUAAAACGAUGUCAACAAUUAGAUGUACUCACCAAGUCACCCCUUACUCUGCCACUAAUUUAUUUCCUUGUUGCUGAAACGAUGAGAGACGUAUAAUCUCCACCCUCACGAAGUUGUCAUCACCCUGGAGAGGAAGGAGACAGCCAAUAGAACUAUUGUCUUGUAGACUUAUUAGAUUCACACAGUAUCAUCCUUUUCCAGUGUGUAAGGCAUUGUCUAAAUAGGUCCAGUUAAAGCACUACAGAGUAGCCAUUUAAAAAAAAAAUUGUUGGCCACAUUUUUAAGUUCACAGGGGAGGGGGAAUGUCUCAUACUGCAGCCCUCCUGAGCCUCGGCCCUCUGUGAGAUGUGUCACCAUUUCUUGGACACCAUGUGAGACAUUCCCCCUCGGAUCAGAGAUGCUCAACCUGCAUUAACAUGUCUAAAGCCUACAUCUGGCUACUCUGGGGCGAGUCCUGUUCACAGUGCCCAUUCCUGGAGCUUGCCUCUGUUUGCCUUUUGUUCGAUUACAUGAUGUAUUACUUUUCCCAAGAGGCCACUGCUAGCAUAUUGGAAGAGUGAUUUAAUAAGCUGGCAACCUUGACGCCAUGCUCCCAAUCCAACCUUAUUUGCCUCAUUUACCAUUUCCAUUAUUGUGGCAGCCCUCCAUUCCAGCCAGAUCAGCCCCUCACCAUACCCCAGUCACACCAUCCGCAUUUCUGCUCUUGUCUGUGCAUUUGUCCAUCUAAAAUGCCCUUAUUUCACUCUGCCUGUGGGAGUCCCAUGAAUCUCUCCAAAGCCAACUCAAGUUCAUCUUUCUGCUUGAAACCUUCCCUGAAUAGGCCAGGCGCGGUGGCUCACGCUUGUAAUCCCAGCACUUUCAGAGGCUGAGGCGGCGGAUCAUGAAUUCAGGAGAUCGAGACCAUCCUGGCUAACACAGUGAAACCCUGUCUCUACUAAAAACACAAAAAAUUAGCUGUGUGUGGUGGCAGGCGCAUGUAGUCCCAGCUACUCGUGAGGCUGAGGCAGGAGAAUGGCGUGAACCUGGGAGGCAGAGCAUGCAGUGAGCCAAGAUCGGGCCACUGCACUCGAGCUUUGGUGACAAAGCGAGACUCUGCCUCAAUAACAAAAACAAAACAAAACAAAAAAAACACCUUCCCUGAAUAUUCCAGCCCUCCUGAGCCUAGUCCCUUUGUGAGAUUUGUCCCCAUUUCUUGGACACCAUAUGAGAGACUUCAGAGGCUGAAGUGGGAGGAUUGUUUGAGCCUGGGAGGUUGAGGAUGAAGUGAGCUGUGGUCAUACCACCGCACUCUAGCCUGGACAACAGAGCGAGACCCUGUCUUAAAAAUAGCUACCACCAAAAACUAUCUUGGGAUUUGAAUAGGAUUACCUUAAAUUUGUAGAUUAAUUUGAGAAUUGACAUCUGUACAACAUUCUGGGAACGUGGUAUUUCAUGUCAUUUAUUCAUUUCUUGUUAAUGUCUUUCAGAAGAGUUUUAGGGUUUCCAUCAUACAGAUCUUACACGUCUUUUGUUACAUAACAGAUCUUUGUAUUUUUCUUCCUAAAUACUUCAUACAUUUGUAUUGCCAUUGUAAAUGGGACUUACUUCCAUUUUCUAAUUAGUUAUUGGUGGUACAUCUGACAAGUAUUUGACUUUUGUGUGCUGCUCUCUUGAUUUUGUUUCUAGUCACCGUACUGAAUUCUCACAUUGCUUCCAGUAAAAUCUUAGUUGAUUCUCUUAGGCUUCUUUGGCUAACAUUUAUUAUUUUAUAUGCAAAUAAUGAUAGUUUUGCCUCUGCCUUUUAAACACUUACACUCUUUCCUUCCUUUCCUUUCUCUUUUUUUCUUUGUCAGGGCCUUGUUGUCACCCAGACUGGAGAGCAAUGGAGUGAUCUAGCUCACUGUAACCUCAAACUCCUGGGCUUAGGGGAUCCUCCUGCCUCAGCUUCCAGAGUGACUGGGACUACAGGCAGGCAGUGAAAUGUUAAAACUUUUUCUGUAGACACAAGGUCUCGCUAUGUUGCCCAGGCUGGUUUUCCUGCCACUUUAGAGCAGGUUUCCUUUUUUUUCAUACUUUUAAGAGUUUUUUAUUAGGAAUUGUCCAUUGAAUGUUAGCUAAAACAGUCAAUAAAAUGCAUUAAGUGUCAGCUGCAUGCAAGACCCUAAGUUAGAUACAGUUAGCCCUCUUCAUCAGCAGAUCCACAUCUUCAGAUUCAACUGGAUGAGGUGAAUAUUUGAAAAAAGAAAUAAUAAAAAUACAAAUAGAAAGUACAGUAUAACAACUGUUGCCAUUGUACAAUAUCUAUACAUUUUAUUAGUGAUGACCUAAAGUACAUGGGACCAGGCAUGGUGACUGACACUUGUAGUCCCAACACUUUGGGAGGCCAACCUGGGCAGCAUAGUGAGACCUUGUCUUCAAUAAAAAUAAAAAAAAUAGCCAGGUGUGGUCGUAUGCACCUGUAGUCCCAGCUACCCAAGAGACUGAGGUGGGAGGAUCAUUGGAGCCCAGGAGGUUGAGGCUGCAGUUAGCUGUGAUUGUGACACUGCACUCCAGCCUAAGUGACAGAGGACGAUCCUGUCUCCAAGUAAAUAAAUAAAGUAUUUGGGGGGAUGUGUGUUGGUUAUAUGCAAAUACUGCACCAUUAUAAGGGAUUGAGCAUCCACCAAUUCUGGCAUGGUCGGGGGGCGGUAUCCUAGAACCAGUCCCCCGCAGGAUAGCAAGGAUGACUGAACUGUGGAAGAAUCAAAGCUCUGUUGAACAGCAUACAAUUCCUGUCUUCAAACAACUUAUCUCCUCAGGUAGAUGAGACUUAAAAUGAAUAAAAGGAAUGAAUACAGAUUUGGAGAUAGUGGUUGUUGUGAUGGAUAAUCUCAAUUGUGUUUUCUUCCAAAACAGAUUAAAUCCCGCAGAAGGGCGUCAAAGGAAGCUAAAGAAGCCUCAUCAGUGUUAGAACGCUGAGCCCAAGUUAAGGCAUCCAGAUGGCCUGGAGCCGUGUUUUUUAAAUGUUAUUAUUAAAUAUUGUUUUUUUUGCUGGUUAAAUCAAUGAUAACAUUCUUUACUUUGUGGUUGUGUUCUUCAAAAUGAGGAUUUUUAACAAUAAUAAAAAUAAAGCUUGUUAGAUCAUU